ACUGAAAGAAAUCAGAAUCAUAUAAAAGGCCUCAAUAAAGUGACGAUAAGCAAGCAACGUUUAGCACAGUCCUCAAGAUGAAUUCGACACGUACACAACUCUUCGCCGCUAUGGUCUUGCUCUUCUUGGCUGUGGUCAACUGUCAGUUGACAUUCUCGCCAGAUUGGGGCAAACGUUCGGUGGGUGGCAGCGUUGGCGGUGGCGCAGCUGGUUUCUUCGACGCACAGCCCAGCGGCAACUGCAAGACCUCGAAUGAGAUGCUGCUCGAAAUAUUCCGAUUUGUUCAGGCAGAGGCGCAACUCUUUUUGGACUGCAAGCAUCGCGAGUAGAGCACAGGCUGUUUGCACUCGGCCAGGAUCACCACAUAAAUAUUCAAUACUUUUAAUAGAAAUGUAUAAUUGUUUUUGAUUCCUUAUUUGGGGUAGUCGGCAUUAGUUUGUAUGAAAUCCGAUUAUUUAAAGUUAAUGAAUAACAUAUAGCAUAAUACCAAUGAAUGUAUAUUAUAUUAUAUGAAAUAAUGAUGCUAUGUCAAAUGAUUAUUACAAAUAAAAUAUUAAAGAAUGCAUGCCAGUAAAGCAAA